AUGGCGCAGCAACAUUUGGAUGUUGAUGGAUUGAGACUUGAAGAGGUUGAUCGAAGUUUGGACGACGAAAGAAAGCAAGAAUUGGAGAGACUUUGGGGUUUUGAGUGGUCAUUCUCAGGAAUCUCAACAUUUGCUCAUCUGGAAUACAAGAAAUGUCUCACUACUCCCGAUGAACUUUUCGAUAUAGGAAUCUUAGGUGUGCCAUUUGACACUGCAGUUAGCUAUCGACCUGGGGCAAGAUUUGGGCCCAAGGCUAUUCGAUCAGCGAGCGCUAGACAAACUAGCUUUAGAGGAUUCAAUACACGAGCUGGUAUAAACCCAUACACAUCGUUCGCUCGCAUUAUCGAUUGUGGGGAUAUACCCGUCACACCCCUGAGUAACGCUGUUGCAUUAGAACAAAUGACAGCAGCCUACACCGAACUACUCAACCGAAAGCCCGUUUCCUCAUCUCUCAUCCACCCAAAGAUCAUUUCCCUAGGAGGUGACCAUAGUAUAGCCCUAGCAGCACUCAGAGCUCUCCAAAAAGUAUACAAUCAACCAAUCGCCGUCCUACAUUUCGACGCUCAUCUCGAUACCUGGCAUCCAGCCAAAUAUCCAGAUCCAUGGGCAAGUGAGCAAGCGCAAUUUAAUCACGGGAGUAUGUUUUGGCUCGCUUCAAAUGAAGGUCUAAUCAUAAAUGGUAGCAGUGUUCACGCAGGGUUAAGGACCAGAUUAAGUGGUAACGAUUUUGAGGAUUAUGAAGAUGAUGAUAGACAAGGUUUUCUGAGGAUCUCGGCGGAUGAUAUUGAUGACCUUAGACCUCAAGGUGUGGUUAAGAAGAUUAUGGAAAGAAUUGGAACUGAGGUUCCGGUUUAUCUUAGUAUUGAUAUCGAUGUUCUGGAUCCAGGCGUGGCGCCAGGAACAGGCACGCCUGAGCCCGGUGGCUGGACAAUGAGGGAGCUAAUCAGAAUACUGAGGGGAAUUGAGGGAUUAAAUGUUGUGGGUGCGGAUGUGGUGGAGGUUAGUCCAAGUUAUGAUGGAGCGGGAGAGGAAACGGCACUCAGUGCGUCGCAGAUAAUUUUUGAGAUGUUGACGAGUAUUGUUAAGAGGGGUUUAAGCGACAUGGGAAGGGUCGCAGAAAUCAAGGAAAGCAGGAAGAACGAUGAGCUGUGA